UGAAAACGGCUUGCUUUAAAACGUUUUCAAAACAUUUACAUGAGACACACGACAAAAUCUUUUAUUAUUGUAUAAAUUAAUUGUAACAUUUCUAUUUCAUCAAAUGUUGUGCAUAUAAUUAACAAAACUAAAGUAUUCAAAAUGUCGGAAAAGAAGAUUUCAUUUGGUUUCAAACAAGUUAAAAAACAACCGGUGCUGUUGCCCAAUAAAAUUGGUGAUGACAAAGACAAGAAAAAUGACAUUGAGUUAAUUCAGUGUUUAGAGGGUCAAACCAUUAAAUUGGUAAAUGAAAAGAAAAAUGAAGACGAGAAACCACUCGUAAUUCCGCUGCUGAAUAGCCAAAAAACAUCUUCUGCUCUGGCUUCAUUGAGAAACCUUAAAACCAUUUUGAACGAAGAAGAACAAAAUGAUGAUGCAAAUAGCGCAAAUAAAGUGGAUGCCAAAAGUACCGAAGUGACGCAACAAAAUGCUCCGAUGACCAUUGAACAACGAGUUGUAACGGAAUUAUUGAAUGAAGCAAAAAAUAUCGAAGAAAAUGUUGACAUAUAUGGAGAUAAGUUGACGUUACCAAUGGCAGCUGAUAAGCUACCACUCGAUGGAGCUAAACAGUCCUCCAUGGAUGAUUACGCUAGCAUUCCAAUAGAUAAAUUUGGAAUGGCCAUGUUGAGAGGUAUGGGAUUAAAAGAUGAGGAGAUUAUUUCGAAGAAAAACAAGGAUCCAGAGCUACGACCAAGGGGCAUGGGUUUGGGGGCUGACAAAAUUGUUAAAAAAGUUAAACCACUAGUGGCGCCAGCCCAGAAUGAAAAACUGGAAAUCAAGAAAAAUGCAUACGUUCGCAUUUUGGCUGGAAAAAACAAAUACUUAUAUGGUCAAAUUGAGGGAUUAGAUGAUCAAGCGUGUCGUGUUAUUGUUAGACUUGCGGUUGGCGGCGCCAGGGAAGCCCUUAACGAAUUCAUGGUGCAACCAGUUUCAAAACAAGAAUUUCUACAGUACGGAAAAGUUAUAAACUCCGCCAAAUAUGAAGAAUACAUAAGAAAAAAUGAUGAAAAAGAGUUAAAACAGGAGGUAAAGAAAGAAGUUAAGCACGAAGGAGGCGAAUCAAGGUCCAUUUCGCGCGAACGGGAUGAAAGUUCUUCGAGAUCCAGACGUGAACCAAGUCCACACGAGAGCAAAAUGAAAAGUGACAGAAAUGAUGAAAGCAAUUCACGACACCGCAGUAGAGAGCGUAGCAAUGAUCGAAGUCGAGAAAAAAGCCAACGAAGUCCAUCUCAUGAUCGUUACAAAUCCAAAGAGAUUGAUCAUAAUUCAUAUAAAAGUCCAUAUGACAGCCGUCGCAGUCGGUCGACAGAAAAAUAUAGUAAUAAACCGUCAUCUAGUACUCGAAGAGAACGCUCAACAGAUCGAUUUAGAAACCGAUCAACGGACGACAAAUAUCGGCGACAUCACGAAAAAUCAAGAUCACCCAACAAGAGAUGUUCAUCAUCAGAUAGCGAUAGCUCCGACGAUUCCCGGCACAACAAACGAUCGCAUCACAAAAAAUCGAAAAAGAAGCACAAGAAAAAGACUUCGAAAGCUUACUAUAGUUCCGAUGAUGGUGAUAGUCACAAUUAUAAGAAGAAAACAAAGAAAAGCAAGCGUCAAAGAUCUAGAUCAAGAGGGCGUCGAUAGAAUUUUUUUAAUUUUUGAUAAUCUUUUCCAAGCUGUAUAAAUAAUAAACUUUUCAACUUGAACACAAGUGUGCACAAA